GUUUAUUAACGUGAAACUUUGGAGUUUUUCGAACGUGCUGUUUGCAGGAGGCAGCUCGAUAUUAUCUCGUUUAUUUCACUGACUAGGUUCUGCUCCGCGGCGCUCGACCCGCUGCGAAGAGGCAAAAGCCGAGUUGCCUUCCCGGGGUGAAAAGGUGGAUAAGUGGAAAGAUACAGGAUUCCGUCUCCACUGAGGUGAGAAAUCUUUUGGUGAACACAUUGAGCGCGAUUACUGACGGGGUUCAGACUUUGCUGUGGAAAGCGCUAAUUAACAUUCGGACGAUCUUUUCGAAUGCCGAUCAGAUUAAUUUAGAAAAGGAAAAUACCUUGAAGUUUUCUCAACAUGGGGUGGUUAGAAGUAACUGCCAUAUCAUUUCUUCUAACUGCAAAUAUGUGUGUUAUCAAGUCUCAACCAAUGGCAGCUUCUGAAUCUUACUCUGAUGUGGUCUUUCUGGUUGAUGGAUCUCGAAAUGUGGGACGAGCAGGAUUUCGUCACGUGCAGAACUUUAUUGUGAAGGUUGUUGAACAACUGAAUGUGGCAGUAAAUAAAUACAGAAUUGGACUUGCUCAAUUCAGUGGGGAUGCGCGAAAAGAAUUCUUACUGAACAGAUUUCGGACAAAACAGGAGGUGUUGGGUUACUUACGGAGAGGUUAUAACUUCAAGGGUGGAGCAGCACUGAAAACGGGACGUGCCAUUGAAUAUGUGCACAAAGAGUUCUUCACUGAAUCUGCUGGAAGCCGAAAGAAUGCUAAAGUUCCUCAGUUUGUGAUAAUGAUCACUGCUGCUUCAUCACAAGAUGAUGUUGAAAUAGCUAGCAGAGCUUUGAAAAGGGAUGGUGUGAAAGUUAUUUCCAUUGGUAUAGGGAGAGAAGAUCGAGACGAUCUAGGAAAAAUGGCCUAUAUAAAAAAUGACGUAUUUAUGAUAAAAAUCAACAACUUUAAUGAACUCGCCCAGUCUGCCAUUGGACUGUCCACUACAAUCAAAACAAUGACACAGAAAGAGUUUGUACAUGAAGAACUGAAAGCACCAGCAGUGUGCCAAACUGCUUCAGUCGCUGAUGUUGCUUUCCUGGUGGAUGAAUCAAGCAGAAUUGGGGAAGCAAACUUUCAACUGAUCCGCAAAUUUCUAAAUAAUUUUAUCAAGGUGCUUGAUAUUGGAUCAGAAAAAGUGCGAGUUGGUUUGGUUCAGUACAGCAAUGCUCCAAGAGCACAGAUUCACUUCACAACACUUCAAGACAAGGAAGAAAUUCUCAAGCGCAUUGCAAGUACACCUUAUAGGGGCGGAAGCGCAAAUACAGGAGCAGCUAUUGACUUUCUCAAAGACAAUUACUUUCAGCCAAGAACAAGUGGCAGAGAAACACAAGGGGUUCCUCAAAUUGCAAUUGUGGUUACUGAUGGAAACUCCAAUGAUGAUGUCAGGAAAUCAGCUGCUGCCCUUCGGCGUCUCGGUGUUACAGUAUACGCUUUGGGAACUAAAAAUGUGAGUUUCAAUCAGCUUGCAAGCAUUGCCUCAUAUCCUCCAGAAAGUUUUGUUUCGCAUGUGGAAAAUUUUGAAAAUUUAACAUCGAUUGAAAACAUUCUCCAGAAGAAAAUUUGCAUUGAAAUUGUCAAAACUACUGAAGUAAAAGCUGAAAAAAUAACCCAGCUUUUCGAAGGUUGUAAGGAAACUGAAGAAGCCGACAUCUAUUUCCUGAUUGAUGGAUCAGGUAAUCUACAUUCGGAAGACUUCAGAGACAUGAAAGAUUUCAUGCUCGAUACAGUACGCAUAUUCCGUAUUGGCAAAGACAAAGUAAGGAUUGGUGUUGUCCAGUAUGGGUCUACUACACAGACAGAAUUCGACCUCACUAAAUAUACAAGUAAAAAACAAGUUGAAGAAGCAAUUGAGAAAAUGAGAUUAAUCGGAGGAACGACCUCAAAGACAGGUCAAGCAUUGGUACAGAUGAAAGAACUCUUCAACGAAGCAGAUAAAACUCGUAAAAAUCGAGUACGCCGCUUCCUGAUCAUUGUCACUAAUGGAAAGUCAGAGGACGAUGUUUCAAGACCUGCUGCAGAAUUAAGGCAAAGGGGAGUCGAUGUUUACGCUGUUGGUGUGGCAAAAGCUGAACGCAAUGAACUUCAACAGAUUGGAGGAGCACUUGGAAGAGUUUUUAACGCAUCAAACUAUGAUGCUUUGAAGGAAAUAAAACAUAGGAUUAUACGGGAUAUGUGUGCUAAAGAAGCCUGCAGUAAAUUGGAGGUGGCAGACAUCAUUUUUCUGAUCGAUGGUUCAAGGAGUAUAUGGAUUGUAAACUUUAACAAAAUGAAAAUGUUCAUAGAAACCUUGAUCAACUCAACUGAAGUCGGUGAAACCAGAGUCCAAGUUGGUUUAAUACAGUUCAGCUCACAAACAAGAUUGGAAUUCCAACUCAAUCAAUACCAUGAGAAAGCAGAACUACUGAACGCUGUUCGGAAUGUUCAGCAGUUGAAUGAACAGACACUUACAGGCAGCGCAUUGAGAUUUACAGCUGAAUACUUUGAUAGCUCGAAAGGAGGUCGCCCAAAUGAGCGGCAGACCCUAAUUGUGAUUACAGAUGGAGAGGCAGAGGAUGAGGUGUAUGAACCUGCCAAAGCCAUCAGGGACAAAGGGGUUAAUAUUUUUGCCAUUGGUAUCAUCAAUGCUAAUAACACCCAGCUUGUGGAGAUCGCAGGUUCCCAAGACAAAGUUUAUCAUGUGGAAAACUUUGAUGCCCUAAAGGAUUUGGAUAAAUUGAUAUCAUUUGAAGUGUGCAGUCCAUUUGAAGAGUGCGGGAGGAUCGAAGUUGCAGACAUUGUCUUUGUUCUGGAUGGAUCAGACAGCAUAAAUAAACCUCAGUUUGACAGCAUGAAGAACUUCCUGAUGUCAGUCGUGAACCGUUCUGAAGUUGACAAGGAUAAUGUUCGCUUUGGUGCUAUUGUAUACGGAAACAAUCCACAGACUAUAUUCAGGCUGGAUAGCUUCACGAGCAAAGCCGAAAUCAGAAAUGCACUUUGGGGAUUACAGAAGGAGACACGUGGACCUAGGUACACAGUGAAGGCUCUGAAACUAGCAAGGAACCUUCUAACUGCAGAGAAGGGUGGUCGAGGAAAAAGCAAAUCCAAUGUGCCACAGUUCAUUAUUCUCAUCACUGAUGGAAAAGUCACAGAUUCAGAAGACAUACAGCCCGUAGCGAAUGAACUCAAGAAAGAUGGUGUUGAAGUCUAUGCCAUUGGUGUAGCUGGUGCUAACAAGCAAGAACUUCUGUUGAUCACGCAAUUAGCAGACAAUUACUAUGAUGCUCCAGAUUUUGGUUAUUUGGAGCAGUUAUCCCCUAUAAUUUCUCAGUUGCUGUGUAAUGAAACAAAACCAGAAUGUGAACUCGAGAAAGCCGACAUUGUUUUCCUACUGGACGGCUCAGAGGUAGUAACAAGUGGUGACUUUGCGUCAAUGAAGAGCGGCUUGAAAGACUUUGUGAAGUUGUUUAAUGUUGGUGAAAAUCAUUUCCAAUUUGCUUUGGUCCAGUACGGUACAACACAGCGUUUUGAAUUUCACUUGACACAAUCUGAUUCGCAUGACAUGCUGAGAAGCAAGAUUGAUGAAAUCACUCAGAUUGGUGGGGAGACCGCCACUGGAGCCGCUCUGACAUUUGUGAAUGCCCACCUCCAGAAGUUGGAGGGAAAUCGAAGAAAUGAAAAGGUGCCCCUCUACCUUUUAGUGAUUACAUCUGGGACAUCUGUUGACAGUGUAGUUACAGCAGCUGCUGAGCUGCACAAUCAGAAUAUUCAAAUAUUUGCUCUCGGUAUUCAAAACGCAAAAGGCUCUGAGCUUCUGAAAAUUACUGGAUCAGCAAAGAGAAAACUGUUUAUUAAAGACAUUGGCGACUUAAGUAAAGUUAAAAGAAGAAUUGUUCGUACUAUCUGUUUUCCCCCUCCUAUUCCAAAAGAGGAUCCAGCGUGUACGAUAGACAUUGUUGUGGGAUUUGAUUUCUCAAGAAGGACUGGUUCAAAGAACAUAUUUGAUAGCCAACAAAAGCUAAAGUCAAAGCUUCGUCCAAUAUUACAGGAAAUUGCAUCCAUACAAUCGAUCAGCUGUGCAUCUGCUUCCAAGCUAAACAUCAAAAUGAGCUAUCACGUGAUAAGCAACACGGGCAAAUCUGUCUUUGAAACUGGUUUUGAAGCUUAUAACCUAGAUGUUUUAGAUAAGCUGCUCCAAAUUCAAACAGAUGAUGACAUUGAUCUGAAUGCAGGAAGUAUAAAAUCAUUUACUGAUGCAUUCAGUGCAUCAACUUCAUUGACAAAGGUGCUGGUCUUGUUCACAGAUGGAUUUGAUGACAGAGAAGUGGUUCUUAAACAAAGCUCAAAAGAAAUCAACAAUAAAGGAAUCCAUGCACUCGUCACAGUGGCCCUGGAAGAUGCUGUCAAUGUGCAUGAGAUCCAUCACAUUGAGUUUGGAACUGGAUAUGGAUACAAACAACAGUUGUCAAUUGAAAUGAAGGAUAUUGGAAAUGCUUUGAUGAAGCAAAUUACGGCAGCCAUGGAAACAAAGUGUUGUAAUGUUGCAUGCACCUGCUUGGGAGAACCAGGUCUGUUCGGUGUGCAAGGGAUCAAAGGGCCGAAGGGACAAAGAGGUGCAGAGGGAUUUCAAGGCUACCCAGGAGAAGAGGGAGGACAAGGUGAGAGAGGUCCACAAGGAUAUAACGGUACGGUCGGAGAUGAUGGAUGUCCAGGUGCUAAGGGCUUCACAGGAAGACGAGGUUAUCGAGGACAAAAGGGUAGUAAUGGAGACAUUGGCAUUGAUGGAGUAGUUGGAGAGCAGGGAGAGUAUGGAGUUGCUGGACCUCCUGGUGAAAAAGGCAUUCGUGGAAAACCGGGUAGAAAAGGCCAGAAAGGUAUUCCAGGUGAUCGUGGAGAGGCCAGUUCGCGUGGAGACCCUGGCGAACCUGGAGCGAGCAAUAAUGUCCAAGGUCAAAAGGGUGAAAGAGGAAACCCUGGCCAAGUGGGUGAUCCAGGUAAAAGUGGUAACCCAGGAAAACGUGGUGGUAUUGGAAAUCGUGGUCCUGUUGGUGGAAGGGGACAAGUGGGUGCACAGGGGCCUAAAGGAAGAGAUGGUGUUCCAGGCCCUCAAGGAGAUCCAGGACUGCGAGGCAUACAGGGGACGCCAGGAUCUCCUGGUACUCUGGGUCGAAAAGGAGAAGUGGGAGCUCGAGGUCGGCAGGGUCUGACCAGAGACCCAGGCCCUCCGGGAAUGGAUGGCGACAUUGGUCAUAAAGGGAAACAUGGUCAACCUGGAAAUCCUGGGGAGAAAGGCAUAAAAGGAGUAGAUGGACCUCGUGGCAUAAUGGGGCCAGAUGGCAAGAAUGCAUUUGGAUCCAAGGGAAUAAAAGGCAAAAAGGGAAUACGUGGAAAUCCUGGCAAUGCUGGUCCACAGGGAGAGGAUGGAGGUCCUGGAAUCCCUGGAAAUGAAGGAUCAAAAGGAACAAGAGGCCGCAGGGGUAACAUGGGCAUUCCCGGUGAUCCUGGUGAGCCGGGUUCAAUUGGAGAUCCUGGAGAAAUGGGCCGGAAAGGACCACAAGGUCAUGCAUUGGAAACGUCUUGUGGCCUUAUUGCAUACAUACGAGAGAGCUGUCCUUGUUGUUCACAAAGAAAAGGAAAGUGCCCUGCAUACCCCACAGAGUUGGCAUUUGCUCUGGACAUGUCUGAGGAUGUAACACCAGCAAUAUUUAAACGGAUGAAGACCAUUGUAGUUAAUUUUCUCAAGGAUAUUAACAUUGCUGAAAGUAACUGUCCCACAGGGGCUCGUGUUGCUGUUCUCACCUACAGCAAUGUGGCAAGGCCUUUCAUUCACUUUUCAGCCUUCAAGAAGAAACAGCUACUCCUGGAAGAAUUAGAUGCACUCUCACAUGAAAGAUCGAGUAACAGACGGAAUAUUGGCAGUGGUAUGGAAUUUGUUGUGAGAAAUACUUUUAAACGUGUACGUAAUGGUGUCCUGGUGAAGAAAGUAGCCGUUUUCAUCACGAAUGGAGGAUCCCAAGACAGUGAGGCCUUAGCCGCAGCUGCCACUCAGUUCCUUGCUGCAGGCAUCACUCCAGUCAUCAUCUCCUUUAAGAAUAUCCCAGAGGUAGAACAAGCUUUUCCGAAUGCAGUGGUUGUAUUACCGAGACAGCAACAACGUUCCCAAGAGCUGUUACAACAUGUCUUUUUAUGUACACUUUGCUAUGAUGAGUGUAGCCCUGAUGACCAGUGUCCGAGAAGAACUGCCCCAGUGCUUAUUCCAGUAAGCCUGGACAUAGCUUUUGUUCAUGAUGACUUACAACAAAUGGAACCUACACAAUCUGAAACAGUUCAGCAUUUCCUAAGCUCAAUGCUUGAUCAGUUUGUCAGCUCUGCAGAACCUAAAACCCCUGAUCUUCACCCCCGGGUGGCUCUGGUGCAGCACACACCAAACUACACACCAAAAUACGGGAAAGCUCCUCUUAACCUAGAGUUUGGAGUUUUGGAUUACACUGCGAAAACCCUAAAGAAGAGACACAUCCAUGACUCAUUUAAUCCACUAGAGGGCUCCACUGGCAUUGACAGUACCAUCAAAUGGACUUUGAAAAAUUUCUUCUCAAAUCUCACAAGUCAGAGAAUUUACAAAGUUAUUUUUACGAUAUUUUCAGGGGAGACAAGCAUUGAUGAGAAGAAAUUACUGGAAAUAUCCCAAGAAGCCAAAUGUAAAGGUUUCACGAUAUUUGCACUGGCCCUUGGGGAGGUAUCUAAUGUCACAGUCCUGGAGGAGUUUGUCAGUUUUCCUUUUAGUCAACAUUUACUUCAUUUGGAUAGAGCCCUGGAGGCUGAAAUUGAAUACGCACAAAAGUUUGCAGUGAGUUUUCUGAACAAUCUGGCAACUGGAAUCAACAACUAUCCACCUCCAUCUCUAAAGAAGGAAUGCGAAGGAGUAAAUUCUGACAGUGCAGAAGAACCAGAAACAUUUCCUGUUACACCCUUGGACACUUUGCAAGAUUUUGAAGAACAGAAAGAUGAUAUCAAUAUUUAUGAUGAGUGCCUGCUGAACCUUAAUGAAGGAGAUUGUUACAACUACAACCUAAAAUGGUACUUUGAUAAAAGCUCACGAGCCUGCAAGAGGUUUUGGUACGGUGGCUGUGGAGGAAACAAGAACAGAUUUGACACUCAUGAGGAGUGCGAAGCCUUAUGUCUAAAAUCAGCCUUGUAAAUGCUGGUCAUUUCAGAUAAACAUACUUGACACAAACAUAACAUUUCAGUGUGCCAUACCACUUCCUGUCUUUGUAUAGAAUACCUCAUUUACACUGAUACAGCACGUUUAUACCUUUUAAACAUUUUUUUUUGAUAAUAAUUAAGAAUUAGAGCUAUCCCGUUUACACCGUCUCUCAAUGCUGGACAGCCCGGGCAAAAUAUAGCCCUACCAACGUGUCAGGAAAAGAAUGUUAUAAUGUAUAUAUUUCUUCUAUGAAUGUUUUUUUACACAAAUGAAAUGGAGAGGAAAGAUGGCAGCAAGGUCAUCCAGAAGUAAUGACAGAAUAUCUAAUGGGUUGCAAGAAUUUUAUUUUUGAAGUUACAAAUGUACAAACAAUUAAAAUCAAAUUAAAGCAUGAGAGAAGUGAGAAGUCACUUUCUCCGGUCAUUCUCCAUUCUCAGCUAUUUCUGUGGCCUAGAAGAUUUCUGGCUGGAUUCUAGACUGUAAUUGCUGGAGGAAAUGUGAGCACAGCAGAGGACUGCUGAGAGUUAAUGUGCCUGGCUGCCGCUUGAGAACCUCAGCCUAAGAUCCUAAAUGGUUUCCAUUUCCCAAGAAAGGGGCAAGAUGAUUCAGAAAUAAAGCCUCUACUCGGAUGAGAAUGUUUUCUGCUUAUCCUGAAAAGGGGCACUAGAGCGUGCAUUUGCCUCUGGGUCACUGGCCAAGCAACCAUAACAUUAAAACUAGGCAAAGUCUGCUUUUAUGCUGUUCAAAUAUUGACACGAAGCCUAAAGGCUUAAUAUAUGCAGACCCAAAUGGCACUGGGAAGACCUAGGAAACUGUCAGGCAGCUCUAUGCAAGCAGAGAUCCAAGUCUUCUAGUGCCUAUCCCUGAUGAGAUGAAUGAAAGAUAAUCCAUCCUAUUCUCUGUUCUUCAGAGAAUUCUUUAAAUACGUAAAGUGUUGUGAUAAUGUGCCAAAUAGAUAGUCAGCUCUAUUUGAUGCUGCUUGACCUGCUGUGUUCAUCCAGCUCCACACUUUGUUAUCUCGGAUUCUCCAGCAUCCGCAGUUCUGAUUAUCUCAAUCAGCUUUAUUUCCUGUGUUAUCAAUUGAGCAAUAAAAAAUUGUUUUUUUCGCAGCUGGCUGCUUUGCAUUAUAAAAGCACCAGACUGAUUUGUGAAUAGUCUGCUGGUUACAAGCAAAGAAGUGGAAAUUAGAUAUUCGUUCAUAUAGAGCAAUUCAUAUUGGAAUGUUUCAUGUAUUAAUGCAAGUUGCAUAUAAAAUCAUUGUCAAAAUUAAAUGCCCCACAUUUUUUUGGUGGUCAUUGUUAUCCAUUGUCAUUUCAGCUUCCUGCCAUAAUUUAAGUUUGAGAUCAGAAUCUUCCAGAAGUUUAAUUUCUUUUGUGUAAAUUUUGUUUCUGUUAAUGAAAUACUGGUUUUCAUUUGCUGACAUGCUUAAUUUAAUAUUAAAGGGGCAGUGAUGCAAACAUUUCAGAAGUGACUUUAUUUCAUGCCAUUUAACGAGAUUCUGUUCAAAGCAUAGCCCUGCUUCAAGUACGAAAUAUGAUGGAGAAUGAGUUUAGCAAUAUUUAGCAAAAUUUGACACUAUGUGGAUGUUAAAAAAAGGGUCCUUGUUCAAAAGUCACUGAAAGCUAACAUGAAUGUGCAGCAAACAAUUCAGAGUACAAAUGUCAGGUUAGUCUUUAUCACAAGUGGGUUUCAGUACGAAAGCAAAGACAUCUUGACUCAGUCAUAUAGAACCAUUGUGAGACUAUACCUGGAGUCCCGUGUACAGUUCUGCUCCCCUUUCCUGAGGAAGGAUGUACUUGACAUAGAGGGACAACAGCGGAGAUUCAUGAAUCUGAUUUCCUGGUUAGGCGAGAGUGUCCCAUGAGGAAGAGUUUGAGGAAACUGAGCUUGUAUUCCCUGGAGUUUAGAAGAAUUAAAGGUGACCUCAUGGAAAUGUAUAAUUUUUUAAAGGGGUAAAUAGACUACAUGAAGAAACGACAUGCACCCCCCACCCACUUUGCUGUGGGAUCUAGAACUCUGGGACUCAAUCUCAGAAUAAUGACUGCCUAUUUAGAACUGAGUUGAGGAGAAACCUCUUUUGUCAAACAAUGGUGAAUCUUUGGAAUUCUGCACAACAGAAGGCUGUGAAAACUCAUUUGUUAAGUUAGCUUGAGAAAGUUAGGUACAUUUCUAGUCACUACUGACCUAAAGGAAGACUGGGAUGGCUUGCAGAUAUGGCAUUAAGGUAGAUGGUUAGCCACAAUCUAAAAUGGCAAAGAAGACUGAAGUGACUUCAGGGACAGUAUCUUCAAUUUCCAGGUUGAUACCCAUGGAGUCUGCUGUGUCUAGGAUUCUGCAGGUUCCCAGUGUAUAUCUUCAGUCUGCACCCCUCCAAUGAGUAUUUGCCUAACAGAAUAUCCGAUCCCUUUUGGACAAAAACACUUUCCAAUUUCUCACCACUUGAAGAAAUACUCUCCACCAUUGAUGCUCCCACCAAAGUGAUUAACCUCAUACUUAUCCUCUUCAUAUUUCAUCUGACAUUUAUAGACCUCUCACUUGUUCUAUCUAAGUCCUUUUGCAUUGUCUCCUCAGCCCUUACUCCCACUAAGAUUUUAAUCGUCUGUAAAUUUGUAAAUCCUACAAUUGGUCCCCAGAUCUAAAUCACUAAUGUAGAUUUUGAAAAGCUGAGGUGCAAGCAUUGGUCUGUGCAACAUCCCACUUGUCACAGUCCACUGACCUGAGAAUGACCCAAUUAUGGCUGCUCUCUGCUUUCUGACUGUUAACCCAAGCCUCGGUCCAUCUUAUAUUUCAUCCCAUACGCUCUUAUUUUGUUUUCAAAAUGUAAUACUUGUUUUCAAGGGAACUAUUAUUUUUCAGUGCCCAGGGUAGGGAAUACAGCUAUUUGUAUGUUACUUUGUAUCCUCGAACCUGCUCCAUGAAUUGUGUGGUAUUGUUGGAUUCAGAGUACCCCAGAUGACUUCAGUGAUAUGCUAAUUUGAUGAAGUGAAAUCUACCGUUAUUUGAUAUAAUAAUAUUAUUUGUUUUAUAAUAUAA